AUGGCUGUCCAUGAUGCAUUGUUGGCAUCUACUUGUGAAGAACUUCAUGUAGUCAGAAAUGUAGAUGACCUGCAUAAAUUUGUGUUUAUCAGGGAGAAAAAGGCAACAAAACAAAAAAAUAAUAAACACGUUCCCAUGGCAACCACAUCAAAAGGUAGACAAAACACCUUAUCCAAAGGAAACAAACAAAAAUAAUGACCUAAGUCAACUUCAGGAUGAUUUUCCAAUAUCUAAGCCUCAUUUAAAAAUGAAAAAAAUUUUUUGCCUAGAAUGAAAAAUUUCAUGUGUACCGUCCCCUUAAAUGGGUUAAUGUGGCAGUAUGACUGCAUGGUGACAUCUUUAAGGUCCCCCCUUGUUUGAACUGCAUGAAAGUUAAGGGUCCUAAAGGGUAAAAUUUCCUGUUAUAUUAUGGCUGUGACUGCCUGUUGAUAUCAACAGGCAGGGGGCCUAUAAUGGGUGCUGUUCUCUAAGACUUCUAAAGAGCACAACCCUUCUGCCACUGCUUUGUGUUCAACUAUUUCUCUAACUUUCAUCACAGCAAUCGGGCCUACAGUAUUAAGGAGAAUGAAGGUAGAAACGAAGUUCUGAACAUUUUAGUGAAAAGUCAGCUGAAAAAUUGGCAAAGGAGAACAAUGCUGCCACUCAACAGCAUAAAAAUUGUUACACAUUUGCAAUCUUGUCCACUUAUUACUGAGUAUAAGUCCAGCCUCUAGGUCAAAAAUAAUUAGUAUGUCACAGUAUUAAGAAAGAUGGGUCAUUCGGAUAAAAGUGUUAUGUACCUAUACAAUAAACAUACGUCAGACAAUUCCAUGAGAAUUUAAUUGCCAUUUUGGUCACCUCUACAGUCAACUUUUCUACCCUCAGAUGACAAAAUUUACCCUUGCAGAUUGCACAAGGCUGUCAAAAGUUUCCCACAUUAUCUCUAUGAUAUGUCAUGUAAUUGUAAAACAGGAGAACAAUAUAUAUAUAUCUACAAUAUAUUACCCGACCUAUCUCCCUCCUGAGACUUGAAACAGGAAUAUUCACUAUAAACUCUGCUUACUAGUAAUUGCAUACAUUUGAAUUUUUGAAGAUCACCUAGAUUUUGUUGUAUCUCUUACAAAUAGUGAGGAAAGUGACGAAUCUACUAGCGUUUGUUCAUGUGACAGUGAUGAUGAGCCCAUUGACGUUUUUGAAGAUAACCCAGAGCUACCUAUUUUCUACAGAGGGGAACUAGCUGGUGUUCCUGUGGUAAAAGUAGCUGAGAUUUUGUUAAGUCCAAGACUGGUACUUUCUGGAAAAGUAGCUAAGGACAAGCCAGUGGCCGUUUCUAAAAAUGUUGGAUUUGUUUUUGACAAUAGACAUUUCAAGAACACAAAAGAUAUACUAUCAGAUAGUUUGGGCGUGUGGGAAUGCACAGGAACAAAGACAUUCCACUGUAUAUUUACAGAGGAUCAGGUCAAAUUGACAGAUGCAAAAAAUAUGGGGAAUGUGAUUCUGUGUUCAAAAUUGAGCGACGCUUUUAUAAAAACAAGGCAGCAGAAGAUGUUAAGAGAAAUUUCACAUUUCAAAAGUAUGCAUUUGAUUAUGUAUUUUAUUAACCUUAACCAAAUAUCAACACAAUUGUGUUACAGUAAAGGGAACAGUACAAAAUGUUAGUAGCAGAACUAGGUUGUUUAAUCGACUAAUUGGUCAUCAGCCAGAAAAAUUCUUAAUUCGCACCCAGAAUUCAGUCUAGCUGUGCUCAGGCUAUAAAUAUUUUAUGACAACUUAAAGCCAGUGGCAGUGAGACCCAGGCCAGGCCUCAAAAUAAGUGCUGGUCAUCGGUCACUGACUGGUAAAAUUUCACAGUUUGACCAGCAAAUAUCAUUGCCUGGCGGACAUGCGUGACCGGAAAAUUUUUUAAUAAAAAAUUACAUUAAAAAAUGGAGCAGAUUUUUUAUUUCCAAUUUUCCACAGAAGUGUAUGUCCAUCUACGGUGCAGGCUAAUAAGGGCGUCGAAGUGACACAUUUUGUCAUACAGAUACAAUAUAACGCAAGCAUUGUGUGCAAGGGCUGUUUUCCAGUUACGCGUUUUUCACAUGUGUGAUGGAAAAGUUUAAAUCUUAUAAAAUUUCAUAUAAGUGCAAAUAACCUUAACAAAUACACAUUAAAUCAUACCCAAAACUGAGUGAUGUCAUUGUAUAAAUUUAGUUAUUUCAUAAGUACUGUAGUGUGUAAAGCGAUUUCAACCGCGUAACUGGAAUGCAGCCUUAAAGCAUGCUCGCAAACAGGCUCUCAAGCUGAAUUGCGAACAGGCUCUCAAGCUGAAUUGAGAGCCUGCAUCAAUGACUAAUGAAUUUGAAUAUUGAGUCUCAAAUUGUGACGCGAAAUUCUCAUUGGUUAGAUGCUAUAAUUUAUAUGUUUCCGCUGAGUUCUAUAUAUGUCAACUGCUGAAGCACUAUGCAUAAAAAACACAUUAACUGAUCAAAUUGGUCUUGGCCGUCUUAUCUCAAAGCACAAAAUGUUCUGUUUUGAGAAAACAGUAUAAACUGUACGGUCUAAAUUUAGUUUGCACAGUCUAAAUUUAGUUUGCACAAAAGUUGUAAACACCACCAUAUAAGGAUAGACAUUCCAUAUUUGGAAAAACGAACAUUACGAGGCAGAUAUUCAAAUUCAUUAGUUAUCAAUGCAAGCUCUCAAUUCAGCUUAAGAGCCUGUUCGCAGGCUAACAAUCUGAUAGUGUGUCUUACGUAAUUUAUAUUGAAGGCAAAACCAGGUGAACUACAACUGACAACGUUUGUCCAAACGUAAAAUAUCUGAUUUUAAAGGGUGCCCACCAUGAUGCGUGCACACGCAAGAAAUCUAAUGUUAAAAAUUUAAGUUAUUGUUUAACUUUGUUCCAUUUGCAGGGCGUGAUGAAGUAAAACUGGGGAAUUUUACCAUGGGAAUUUUACCAAGGGCAGUCGUCCUUUCAAGCCGUCUGCGUCUGGUCGCAGUUGAUCUUCUUCUUGAAGAGAAAGGCGGAAUCAAGAGCAUUCGUUCUUCGGGAGAUAUUGCUUGCGAUAGACAGCAAGCCGCCAACUUCAGAAGAGACGUGAAGGAGAAAGAAAAUAAAAUUGCUUCUUCUUGUUCUGACCCUCUUCUGACUGAUGGAUCACUGCAAGCUUGA